GCUUGACUUACUUGAGUUGAGGUGCUCUGCUCACUUGAGGUGCUUUCCUUACUUCAGGUGCUUUGCUUACAUGAGGGAAUACAUGAGGUGCUUUGCCCACUUGAGGUUCCUGACGUACAUGACGUACCUACCAAACGUCAUUUUCCGACCGCUGGUCAAGGGGAACGAACACUCUGGGAACGAGAUUGAAUAGCACUGUCAAUGGCCGCGGCUGCUACACCCACGACAAGCGAUGUCGCUUCUAAGAAAAUAUCUACGUGUAAACCAGAGCUAGACUUUUCUGCUCCCUGGAAAAUGAGUGACUUAGUACUCGUCGUAGAAGGCAAGCGAUUUCACGUUCAUCGUUGCAUUUUAUCGAUGUGUUCUCCUGUUUUCGACGCUAUGCUUUCGUUAGAUUUCAAAGAGAAAAACGCAAAAGAAAUUCCACUUCCAGAAAAGAAGGCAGACGAAAUAGAAGAACUGCUUCGUGCCAUUUACCCUUACGUUGAACACCGUAUUUGCGAAGAAAACAGUUUUUCGUUACUCGAACUUGCCUGUGAGUACCAGAUGGACAGAUUGAAAGCUCGUUGCGAGAAGUAUUUCCUGUUCAAGAACAUGACCAACGAAGAAGCGCUUGAAUUUGUCGUUAUGGCGCAAAGACUCCAACUUAGUGACGAGUUGAUUCAUAGAUGUAUGUCAAGAUUUGUGAACCAGGAAACUAAGUGGGAAGUUCUUAAAAAAAACGACCUGUUUGCACAGCUGGAGCCAAAGUAUUCUCAGCAACUGGUGGAGGAAAGAGUCAAGUACCUUGAAAGACGAGUGGAUUCAUGUAAGUCAACGAUUAGAACUUUGGAAAUGAAGAAGGGCGAUAAGGAUGAUGAUGAUCAUGCCCAUUGCUCUUUCCGAAGGCAUCUCAUGUGGAGGAAAAGGUUAAGAGAUCUUGACCAUCCCCCUUUUGAGUAAUCACUUUGUACAGGUCUGAAACGCACUCUUUUUUGCCUGAUAACUCUCAGGUACAUAAUUGCCCUACUUAUAAUUAAUGCUGUGUUUAGUCUAAUUGAGCACUUUCCUGUGGUAACCAGAUGUUUCGCCUGAUAGCCAGUUUGCCUAAUGUCAUUUAGUCCCUUCCCCCAAACUGAAAGGUUGAAGUUGGACGUGUUAACUUCUUUCUUUAAACUAAAUGAGUGAAUAAGACAACGUUGUGGGCAUAAUGAAACAAAAUUACAUGAGUGUCUUUUUCUCGUUCUUUAUCCACUGACCACGGAGGAACAGGAUUUGGGUGAACCGGUAAAGAGCCAUCAAAGUUCUUACAUCAUCAGGCAUAAGAGGUGCUAAAUUAUAGAAAAACAGCUCAUUUUGAAUUUCAAAGUUGUGGCAGUGCUUGACAUAAAGAAAUGAUCACGUUUGUCCAAAAAAUAUAUAGUUAUCCCAUGAUUUUUAGGCAUUUGGGAAAUUAAAGUAGUAGGAAGAGUAUUAAAUGUUUGUUUCAGCAGUACAGAUUAUCAGUAGCCUAGAUAACCAAAAUAGAUUUCAGAUGUUUACACUAUUUUCUGGCCACCAUAUUGUCAGACCAUGGAGGUACACCAAUAUGGCAGUUCCAUACUGGGCUCUGUAAUUUGUGCAAAGUAUCUUGAUUAAUAUCUGAAGUUUGGGAUAACAUACCUGUGGACUAAGACUUGGAGAAGUUUCUUCUUUAUUUAUCUCCUAUUAGUAUGUUAUUAUAGGACAGUGAAAACUAUCUAUAACCUGAAUAACAAUAGCACUCCAGUUGGUCCUAUGGGAAUUCAACCUGGUCAUCAAUCUGGGGUCAAUUUAGUAAAGAAACUACACUUGUAGUGUUUACACGUGUAAUUUACAUGUGUUAAGUCUGGCUUGAAAAUACAAAUUAGAAUUCAAUAUAAGUUUUUUCUACACUGGAAUUAACACAUGUAUUGUGAGUCAGGAUACAAGUGUAAACUAGAACUGUAGCCUUCAAUUAUUGCAAAAUUCAUUUGAAUGCACAUGAACUUGUACAAAUACAAAUUUUAAUAUCUCUGCUACCCUUUUAAAAUCUGGGGGUGUAUUUAAAAUUCCAAUAGAUGGAUGAAGGCGUCUGCAGGGAGACAAAACUUCUCUCAAAAUUCCCUUCUAUUUUCGAAGUUAAAAAGUUGUCUUUCCUUAAAAUUCCUAGGUUGACGGAAAACUUGUUGUCUCAGGAGCUCAUUGAGUUCCUCUUCACUAGAAGACGACAUGUUUUGACGUUCCAAUAUGUUUUCCAGAAGUUGUACUCAGUGGUUACAAGUGACAUGUGACUUGUAUUUUGUACUAGUGAUUUACAAGUUGCACUCUUGUAAGAGUUUUAUUGAAUUUGAUUCUUACCAUCCUUUACACAUGUAGCUCUGCACCUGCAGCUACAAGUCAGACACUUGUAACCUGGACUUGUGACAGUUUUUAUUAAACCCAUUUUCGUCUGCCCCUGUAAAUACAAUGGUCCAACUUGUAGAGUAUAAGUGUAAAAGUUUUAUUAAAUUGACCCCUGGUUGUGCUACUAUGAUCAAAUCUUUACCCCUUGAAUAUUUAUGUUUAUCACGUAGAAUUCCACAUAAGAUGAAAAAUGCUGUUUAUGAUUUGCAAAUGUCUUCAUUGGUUCUGGAGAUAUAUGUCCAUUUGAAAACGUGAAAAAUAUGCAAAUGAGAGGACUGAUGACAUCAAACACUCAACCCACUACAUCAAGAAGAUAAGUAGAGCUAACUCAGUCAGUUUGCAGCAGAGACAAUUGAAACUUGAUAGGCUUAUAGUUCUACAGGUAACACACCUACGGCUAUAACAAGUUAUGUUCCCAUGGCAACUCACUCUUUUCCAGUCCCCUCCAACCUGAUUUCAAUAUUUUAGUGAUUUUCAUCUUGAAAAACAUUUUAAAAAGGCCAUGGACUUGACCUAACGUUUUUUAUGCUCACUGGAUCAUGUAGACGAGGCACCAUUGGCAAGUAUCAAAAUGGAACACCAAAGGUGGCCCGAAAAGCCUUUAAUAUUGGGGAGGUCUGGAACCCAGUAUGUUUCCAUGGUAACAAAACUGUUAAGCUCAUAUUGUGGAGCACAUCUAGUAGACUCUUACUGUGAAGAAUCAAACAUUUCUGAUUCAAACUGUCUGAAAUAUCUUUUUUUGAUCAUAUCUGAUCAAAAUUCGGUUGAGUUUCAUCACUUGGCUAAUUUGCAUAAUUUAAAAACUUGAGUGCCUCAGUAACUAAAAGAGAUAUUUGGAAUUAUAACAUAACUAAAGCAAAGCGCGCGUUCUGAUUGGUUAAUUUAGCGUCUACUAUUUGCCCAUGGGUGUACGC